AGGAAGAGCCGCAGCGCAGCAGCAGCGGCCGCCGCCGCCAUGGCCCGGCGAGGCGACACGAAGGGCGACCGGGCGGCCACGCGAGAGAUCGCCGAGUUGCUGGGGCUGAGCCCGCCGGAGGCGGAGGCGAAGGGGGAGGCGGAGGCGAAGGGGGAGCCGGCGCCCAUCGCGGCGCAGGCGCGGCUCGACCGGCUGGUGGUGGCGGGGGAGGAGCUGCUGGUGCGGGAGCUGGCCGGCCCCGGCGGCGGCGAUGAGAGGCGGCUGCUGCCCGAGCGGGGCCGGGCCCGUGUAUUGUGCGGCCCGGGCCUGCGGCGGACCGACUGCUGCCUGCUGGUCACCAAGUGCGGGCUCCUGCGGCGUCGGCCCGGCGGCGCCGCCGGCUUCGGCAUGUACUGGGUGGACUCCUCUCAGAAACGGUACGUCCCCGUUAAAGGAGACCACGUGAUAGGCAUCGUGACGGCGAAAACUGGAGAUCUGUUCAAGGUGGAUAUUGGAGGAAGUGAGACCGCAUCACUAUCCUAUUUGGCUUUCGAAGGUGCGACCAAAAGAAACAGACCAGAUGUGCAGGUGGGAGAUCUUAUUUACGGCCAGUUCAUCGUCGCCAAUAAAGACAUGGAACCGGAGAUUGCUUGUAUCAGCAGUGGUGGAAAAGGAAACGGAAUGGGCGUGAUUGGACAAGAUGGCCUUUUGAUUAAGGCCACUUUGGGUUUAAUUAGAAAGCUUUUAUCCCCCAGUUGCGAAAUCAUUCAGGAGAUGAGUAAACUCUUCCCAAUGGAGAUAGUAAUCGGAAUGAAUGGGAGAAUAUGGGUAAAAGCGAAAACCAUCCAACAGACUUUAAUUCUGGCAAAUAUUUUAGAGGCCUGUGAGUUCAUGACGACCGACCAAAGAAAGCGGAUAUUAGCCAGGUUGGCAGACAGAUGACGACUCCGCCCGGUGCCUUUGUCGGAGCUGUCCACUCAGAUUGCGGAGGCGGGAUUUUAUACAACGAACGUGCCUUUGGCGGGGGACCGUUCACACUUGGACAGACCGUUAAUGACCACGGUCCCUAGAGAAAUUGUUACGGGAUGCGAUAGCUAUCAAUUUGAUACAGUGUAAUAUGAAAUUAGUCAAACAUUUUCUUUUCUUUCCUUUGGAAAUAAUCACCGUGCCCUUGAACUGUGCUUCGUAGCGAAGGCAAGUUAUCGGUGAUGGCACCGUGAGGACCCUCUCGGCUUUCAUUUAGGGGAAAAUAACUGGUCGACCAGAGCAGCGAACCCGACCGGUACGUUCCGGCGUCCGAGAGGGCCCCGGGUGGCCCCCGGGUGUGCUCUGAGAGUUUUUCUCCCUGCCGGGACCUUGAGAUGGACGGGGGAUGGCCGGAAACGACCUCUGAGCUCCGGGCCUUGACCCGGGUUUCACAAGAGGAUUAAAUGGUUGGCCCAGGCACCUGGCUUAUCACCAGGAAUGAACAGAACUGCAGAAUGGAAAGCCAGGAACCCCUUGGAGUUGACCAUAUCCCAAACAGAGUGCAAAACAGCAAAACUUUUCUGUGGAAAAGUUCAUGGAAUUCUCAUUCCAGAUGACUCAGGUGAAGCCUAGGAAAAAAUAGGCGACCGAUCAGCCGCCUUCCGGGGACAGGAGCGGCGGGUGUCUGCGUACGGCCAUUUUUAAGUUAGAAUUUUAUCUCUACGAUGGUCACUUCUUCCUCUGCCGUUACUGCCGUUGACUCGGGGUCUCUGGACUCCAAGUAGAAACCUUGGGAGGGCGAGUGAGAGUGGAAAAGGCACGGGAGAAGGGGCGGAGGAGGUUGGCCAGUGGAAUCCCUUGCCGGCUACGUUUUCGGAAAACCGACGAUCGGGGGUAGUUUGGGGCUUCAGUUCCUUCACCGGCUUCGCUGGGUCUGGGCGAGGAGAGGCGAACCGCAGCUUGUGCAGACGGGACUGAGAAAACCCUGCAAAAUAAACGCUAAAAGGGGC